AUGCUGGUAGUCGAUGCUCCAUUAGGUCAGCUGCAGUCAACAGAUAUAACGACAUCAAGAAAAUGGUCAAUUGAGGAGGAAAUUGAACUCUUCAGUUUAGUUUGUGAAUACAAACCAGCUGGAAAACAAAAGCAAAAGAAUCUUCAAAUAAUUAUAGAUAAAAUCAAUGAAGGUAUAGAAGAUCAAACGACCGAGGGGCCAUUUACAGAAUCAGAUAUAUUGGAAAAAUUGACACAAUUGUACGAUCUACCUAAAAUUGACGUGUUAGAAGAUGGAAGUGAAGAUAGUAGCUCGUUCAACGAAAAUAGAACAGAAGCAGAAGAAAUUGAGAAUCAAGAGGCUGAUGGUGAAGCAGGUACAAAUGACAAAGAAAAUGAUUUAAUUGAGAAGAAAGAAGAAGAGAAGAACUCUAUUGAGGAGAAAGAACAGGAAGAUAAUUUGCAAGAAGCUUCAGAGGAUGUUUCGAUCGAUAAGAAGCACAAAGAAAAUACGAAGAAUCGGGAAAGUGGGAAGAAAGACGUUGUGGCCGAAACAAAAAAAGGAGGCAAAGAUGUGGAAGAUGAGGAGGAGCCAGAAACAAAAGUGAAGGAGCAAUCUAUUAAUAAUGCUAUUGAAGAAUCAAAAGAGGAAAAUGACGAGUCUGAUAGAGGUAACGGUGAGACAAAGAAAAGAAAAGGUAGAAGCCUACGAGAAACAUCAAGUAAAAGAAGAAAAUUACGUUCCACGAACCAAGAAGAAAGUUUACCUAAUGCAAGUGAGAGCAUAGAACUCCCAAAACCCCAUGCUGAUGAUGUGGAAGAAAAACCUGGCGAGAAAGUUAAAGAACAUAACAGUGGCAAUGAGGAAAAUGAGACAAAGGUAACACAUGAUGAUGGUGAGAAAGAGGUUGAAGGUAACGGUGACGAUAACCGAACAGAAGUAGGGGAGGAGGAAGAAGAAGAAGAAGAUCAACCCGAUGUAACAAUGGACAAACAAACUGAGUCGAAAGAAGAUGCUCCAGCUAGAAGAACAAGGAAAAAAAUAAUUGGUCAAGAACAACCACAAACGCCCAUAUCAUCCAGAAAAAGAACAAGGCAAAACGUUAAGUUUGAAGAGCAAAACGAAGAAGAUGUAGAACAGGCUGCGGCAACUCCCGUGCCCAAAAAGAAGGCCAAAGCUAGCUCAUCCGUGCAGCCUAUUGUGCAAACACCUCAAACUAGGAGAAGAACUAGAUCUGAAACACAUUUUGAUGAGGAUACCGAACCAAAAUCAGAAGAACAGAACAGUAAAAAUAAGGCUGAAGAGAAGAAAUCAGUUGGUAAAAGAACUGAGAAGGACGAAGAGAAGAUGGAGGAAAGCAAAGUAAAUGUUACUCCCAAAUCAAAGGGUAAUCCAAGAAGAUCGAGCAAGGGCACUUUCCUACCUCAAAAUCGACCUUCACCAUCAAUAAGAAGAAGCACGAGAAAGAAAUAG